AUGCACCAGGAACUCAAAGCGUGGGCACGGGAUUGCGUGCACUGUCAACGGAGCAAGGUCUGGCAGCACAGCAAGGCACAUGGUGGCAAGUUUUCCGGCCCUGGUCCAAGGUUCAAUCACAUCCAUCUGGACGUCCUAGGCACUCUGCUUCUGCCUAUUAAGUGUUCCUACCUCUUAACCUGCGUCUAUCGAUCCACCCGGUGGCCUGAGGCUAUCUUUCUGCCCAAUGUUGAGGCCUUCCUCAGACCUUGGGUUGCCGUCUCCGAAGCUCCCUCCACUAUCACGACUGAUCGUGGUGCCCAAUUCGAAUGCGACCUUUUCCAAUCUCUUCCUUUCGUUUUAGGUUUAACCCGCAUCCACCCUGCAGACUAUCAUCUGGCUGCCCACUGGAUGGUCGAGGGAUUUCAUCGCCAGUUAAAGGCCUCCCCACCCGGAGAACUGUAUUGA